UUUGGUUUCUAACCCACCAAACUCGUUGCUUUCUAUCUGCAAAGUGGUUGGCCAUCCUCUAGGUGGUAGUCAUUUCGGAAGCCAACGCUUUCCGAUACUCCUGCCUCUCUCUUUUCAGGUUGCUCACUUUCGGCGCCAUUGCAGCAUGGGGUUCAUAGACCGCACACCAUGGGCUGCUAUUGCAUCCACGGUAAUCGCAUGCUUCGUCGGUCUCGUCUUCUACCGCCUAUAUCUGCACCCUCUCGCCAAGUUCCCCGGCCCCAAACUAGCAGCCAUCACGCGUUACUACGAGGGUUACUACGACGUCAUCCUCAACGGCCAAUACACGUUCAAGAUAGCCGAGCUGCACCAGCGAUAUGGGCCCAUUGUGAGGAUUAGCCCCUACGAACUCCACGUAAAUGAUCCAGCAUACUAUGAGAAGCUGUAUCGACAAGAGGGCCAGUGGAACAAGUAUGACUGGUCCUAUGAUGCGUUCGGGGCACCGAUGUCUGCCAUUUGUUCAGUGGAUCAUGAGGCGCACAAACGCCGCCGUGCUCCACUGAACCCCUUCUUCUCCAAGGCCAGCGUCGCCAGCCGCCAAGACUUGAUCCACGGGUUCGCCAACAAGCUCUGCGAUCGCAUUGCGCAGUUCGAGGGCUCAACCGUAAAUAUCACUGCUGCGGUCAGUGCCUUCACGAGGGAUGUUGCCAUGCAAUUUGUUCUGUCCAAAGACUACCGGAAUCUGGAUAACCAGGACUUCGGUGUCGGAAUGACCAACGUCCUCCAAAGCUCCGGGGCGAUUUGGCGUGCUACGAAGCACGUCAGAUGGCUCGGGCCGCUGAUGAAAUCACUUCCGUUGGAUUGGGUCGAAAAGGCGGGCGAUGCGGGAACCAAGGCCUUCUUCGGCUUUCUGAAGGAUUGCCUGCAAACCACCAAGGAAAUUGUAGCUGCACCGGCCAGAAAGGUUGGGGGCGACACCGAUGCGUCAUCAAAGACUAUCGUGCACACGAUUUUGGAAUCAAAUCUGCCGUCGACCGAGAAGACGGUGGAGCGCAUCAACGACGAGGUAGGCACCAUCACAGGAGCCGCCUUCGAAACAGCAGCCCAGUCCAUCCGCACUAUUCUAUACUACCUGUACAGCGACCCUGUCACCCUAGCGCGUCUGCGAGACGAGCUUUCACAGGCGGUAGAGAAGCAUGGGGGUGAGGGUAACCUCCCCCUCUUCGUUCUUGAACAGCUUCCGUUCCUAACCGGUUGUAUAUGCGAGGGUCUGCGACUGAGCCCAGGUCUUGCAACUCGUCUGGCGCGUGUCGCUCCUGACCGUGAUUUGUACUACGGCCAGCAGCGUAUCCCCGCAGGAACCCCAGUAGGGAUGACCGUUCUCCUGAUGCACAUGGAUGAGACUCUGUAUCCGCAGCCAGACACCUUCAACCCUUCACGUUGGACCGACAGCGCGACGAGGUCGGAUAAGACCUUUGCGCCAUUCUCCAGGGGCACGCGAAGUUGCCUCGGCAUGUACCUCGCUUGGGCUGAGAUGUAUAUCGUCAUAGCGGCACUGGUCCAGCGAUUUGAGUUCAAGCUGAUUGGUGCGGGCCUGAAGGACGUCAAGUGUGCAAGUGAUCAGUUCAUAGUGGGAACGGCAGAUACCACUGGUAUUAAAGGUAUUGUUAAGAACUAUGCGGCUUGAGAAAUGGGGUUUUUCACAUAAGCCUUGAACACCUACAAGCUGUGGGAAGAUGAUUGGUCGUGAAGUCUACUCUUACUCAGGCACAGAUGCGUGUAUGGGGUGUUUGGGAUAGGGCCCAUAUGCUGUUUAGGGGGUGGACUUCUAA